CUGAACUCUGAAGCAGUUGAACCUUUGUUAUUAAUGAACAAAGUUUUUCAUUUUCAAUACAAAACUACAUACUUAGUUCUAUAUAUUUUAUCAUAAUAUUUAUGUACAUAGAUCGAUUUAUAUCCAAAUAAUUAUCGUUCAAAUUUGUUUUGUAAUAUAUCGACAAAGCUUUGUCCCAGAAAUGAGUAAAUCUUUGGAGGAUAAUUUAAUCAACAAAAUUAUAUCAGAAGAUCAAGAUGCUAUCCUUUCUUACAUUUCAAAAGGUGCCAAUCCUAACAAAAUUACUAGUCAAGGCAAAACUUGUCUAGGAGAAGCUUCAAGUUUAGGUAAUAUCACGAUUGUUAAAUUGUUACUUGAAACCUGUAAAUCAGAAGGAACCAGUCAAAUCUCAUCCUAUGGUGUAGCAAAGAAAAAACACUGUGUUAAAUCCCAUAAAAGAAAAUAUAAGGGGACAGGGCAGCAUGAUGACAGCGUCAGUAAAUGUAAGAAUCGAUCACACAGAGUUAAUGUUGAUUUUCAGAAUGAAAAAGAUACUCUUAAAUCCAAUUCUAGUACAAGAACUGACAAGAAUCAAGGGUAUUUUGUGUUUAUAAAUAGUGAUGGCUCUAGUAGUGAUGAAAGUAGGUUUAGCAAUGUUAUAUCCCCUAAGAGUCCUUCUUUGGCAACAACACCGUUAGCCGAAUUAGAAUGGGAUGAAGAUAUUGGAAGUGUUGCCCCAACAACAAGCGAGGAUGAGACUUGGUCAUCUAUGUAUAAGUGGUAUGCUGCUAUACUUGAGAAAUCUGGUGCCGCUAUAGCAGCAGCGACAAUGGUUUCAAAUGGCAUCAAUCAGCAAGAUGCAUUUAUGAGAACAGCGUUACAUUAUGCAGCUGAACAGGGUCAUACAGAUAUUGUUAAAUUACUAUUGGAUGCGGGAAGCAAAUUGGAUAUAACAGCAGGGGAUGGCCUGACAUCCCUGCACAUAGCUGUGAUUAAAAAUCAUAUUGAAACUGUUAAGGAACUUUUGUCAGCAGGAAGUCAUGUUAAUUAUAAAACUCAUGAGAAAAUGACAGCACUACAUUUUGCUGCAUCCAGAGGAUAUUUAGAUUUGGUCAAAAUCCUUGUCAGCAAUGGAGCAUAUUUAGAGGCAAGAGAUACAAAUGAACGCACUGCAUUAUAUUUAGCAGCUGGAAGAGGACAUGUUGAUGUUAUAAAAUAUUUAAUAUCAGCUGGUGCCAAUAUUAAUGGUGAAGAAAUACAUGGCUACACGCCUCUAUGUGAAUCAGUUUGGCAAAGAUACACAAAAGUAGUUGAGCUUCUUUUAAAGUCUGGAGCAAGGAUUACACACUCCCAUAAACUUUUACACAAUGCAAUUUUACAAGGACAGGAAGAUAUAGUAACAAUGCUAGUAAGCCAUGGAGGAGGCAUUAAUUUACAUAAUGAUACUGGAGACACUCCUUUGUUAUUGGCUGUGCGUCUGUCACAAAUUUCAGUGGUGAAAAUACUUCUACAAAAAGGUGCAAAUGCAAAUAUAUGUAACAGCAUAACUGGUGCGAAUGCUCUUCACGUCGCAGUAGAGAGUGUUAAAUGUCCAAAUGAAUUUGAGGAGCUAAUAAUUUGGUUAUUGGACUAUAAAAUAGAUAUGAAUACAACAGCACUUACAGGCGAUACAGCUUUAAAUCGAGCACUGUUACUACAAAGGGACAAUGCAGCAAUGAUAUUGAUACAACAUGGUGCUGACGUAAAUGCAUGUGAUUCACAGUCCUGUGGGUUGGACAAUUUAGCAAUAGUUAAUAGGAGGGUACCAAAUAGCAUUGCAAGUUUACUCCUAAAAGCUGGUCAUUUCAUACCAGUUUCUGAAUGUAGGGUCGAGAAUAGUACUUUACAAACUAAAGAUACAACUGAACAUUGGCUACAUAGCAUUUGUAGAGAGCCCUUAAGUCUUUUAGACCUUUGUAGGAUUAGAAUAAGGUUACUUUGUAAAAAGAAACCUCUUCACCGUUAUAUUAACUUGUUACCUCUACCAAAGAGCUUAAAAACCUUCCUAAUGUUUAGAGAUGAGUGUAAUAUAUUUUCAUGUACCUAGUUUAAAUAAAUAAUCCUUUAUGAUUAAAAAGUUGAGUUAAAGUAUAAGAAUAAAAAAACUAAUUUACAUACAACAAUUAUUUAUUGAAACACUAGUGGGGUACAUAAUUAGUAAAAUAGAAAUAUGGAUUCUUGGCGUGUUUACAAUUUCUUUAAAAAAUUGGAUGUGGUGUUACAUUUCAGAUAUACAGUACCAAUUUAUGGAGGUUAAUCUGUCUAAAAUAAUAAAUCAAAAACGAUGUUGUAAUAAUUGUCUCCAAAAUGCAUUAGAAGAAUCAUGCUUUCCAACAAAUGCUAACUAAUAGGUAUCUAAUAGAAUUUAUUACUUCAUUCAAUAUUAAUAGACAGGUAUAUUGUCUUAUUUAUUCUUUACGCUGUUUCAAUAAUAUCAUAUUGGUUACAAUAGUUACAGUUUAUAAUUGUUACAAUAAAUAUUGUAAUAUGAAUGUAGGACUACUUUUUAAUAAAUCUAAAGCAACCUCCAAAAAACUAUAUUUCUGAAACCUUACAAUGUAAUACAUUAGUACUUACAUAAUGCAUAGUGGAUCUUAGAGUUUUUUAUGGCUCAAUGGCUAUUAUAGGUAUUAAAUAAUUCUUGACAGAAAUCUUCUAAAUUGUGAAUAAACUUACAUUGGUAAGGUAUAACACUUUAUUCUUAUCGACAUAAAUUAAAAGACAUUAAAUUAUUUAUUUAUAAAUAAAUGCUCCAUAUAAUACAUAAAUAUUCUUAUGUAAAACUAGUGACAUUUACUUUUUUUUUUGGUAAUAUUAUGUGAUCGUUAUGCAUUACCUAAUUAUGUGAUCAUAUUGAUUAAAAGAUGAUUUAGGUAUGUUUGAUAAUUGCUUCAAACGCCAAUUCAUACCAACAAUAUAUAAUAUAAAAAGGCUUGCAUAUAUUGUUGUUAUUCAAAAGAGCAUGUUAUCAAUUAGUAAUUUAUUUAAAUUUAAUGAUAAUUUUAGUAUGUAUACAAUAAGUAAUUAAAGAGUAAUAUUAUUAAUAUUUUAAAUAUAUUGAUGAAAAAUAGUGUAAUUAACAUGAUUGUGAUAUGUAAUUAUACAACAUCUAAUAAACUAGUCAAGCUGA